AUGUUCUCCGAAUACGCAUCAAGGUUCCUUGCACAAUCCCAGUCACGUAUCAGCUUUGCGCCCGCAGAAGACCAUCGGUCCGGUGAUGGCCAGAGUCGACGACACAACCCAACUUGGAGGACUUCGACAGCGUCCCGACCAGUGAAUCCCCGUGCCCCGAAUCCUUAUCAACCAACAUCUUCACAGCUCUCCGUGUUCCCCUUCGCCUCUCGUCUGAACCCUCAGCAAGCACCUUUAUUUUACAGCGCAACAGACGAGUUUCGGGAAGAGAACGACGAGGAAGAACAUGAGCGAGAGAUUGCAGAUUUUUACGCCCUGCAGCGUUCACGACGACAGUUGGGAGCUAGUGAUAUGAAAGCGUCUUUGGAUGCUGGAGAGGGCAGUGAAUCAAGCUUCAACGGUGGUGACAGCCAUGAAGACAAUCCACACGAUCGGUCUGGCGGAAGAGGAGGCGGCAUCAGAAGCUCGUGGCAUGGCAAUGCCUCAAAUAUCCGACGCAAAGAACCCGGACUGGCAGAUCUGACCGAGUCGACAGAGUCACAGCUGAGAGAUGCAGAUCCGAGUUUCUCAAAAAAUCACAUGGUUGACAUAGGUCUGGAAGACACCCUGAGGACUGACGAAGACGAUGAGCCUCCUGAGGAUUUAAUGGAGAAUCCUCCUUCAAUCCAGCAGCUCCGCACACCCACUCAAAUGGCCAGCGUGGAAUAUGAUUUUGAAGGGUCAGAGCUUGGAAACGAUCAGGUCAGGCUUCUUGCGCAUUCAAGGAAUGCGUCAGGCGGCGAGCAGUCGGUCCCGGACGGCGUGCGACCUGCUGUCCAUCAACCGAGACACGAUGCUUUCUGGGCUCAAGUCUACUUACUGGCACUCGCAGCCAUGUGUACUACAUGGUUUCUGGUCUUUCUUCAUACCGAGUCGCCUCGCAGCAACCAGCCCCUCGGCGAUACCAUUUACACAGCCCUGCACGGAUCAUUCCACCUUUUAGCGACUUAUACCCUUGUAGCGACAUUUGUUUCUUUGUUUUGGCUCGCGGCCCUCCGAUCAUACGUGCGGUAUUUGGUCUACGCCAUCUUGGUGGCAGUACCGGUCAUCCUUUACUCCUUUUCCCUCUAUCCUCUGAUUUCCAGCUACAAGGGAUCAUGGCAUGGCUCGAGUGUCCAGGACGUAAUGAUGAGGUGGAGUUCAUUGGUUCCUGCGGUAAUGGCGACCUUGUGGGUUCUGGCAGUCCUCCGUGGCAGGAUGGCCAUGCAAAGAUCCAUCUCAAUCCUCGAAUUCGCAACUAGGAUCCUCGCGGCAAAUCCAACACUGGUGCUGGUGGGCUUUUCCGUACUGGCUUUUAUCAUCACAUUCACCUGGAUGUGGCUGUCCAUGUUCACCCGGGUUUUCCUCAGUGGUCAUCCCUCAACCCGAUCAACCAUCAGCAAAUUCGUCAUUGACACAUCCACAUGGUGGUUGGGGGUGUAUUUUAUUCUGGUCUAUCUCUGGACCAUCGCCAUCGCCUUUGGGAUGCAACGCACCAUUACCUCGGCCACUGUGUCGCAAUGGUAUUUCCAUCGGCUCGCGGUGCCAGCCCCAACACCUCAAGCCAUCGUCAAGGCUGCGCUUUAUCACUCAGCAACGACCCUUUCCGGGACCAUAGCCUUGUUCACCGGCUUGAGCCUUUUAGUCAGACUUCCUCUGUUGAUCCUACCUCGACGACUCACGAUGCUGCUGGGGGUGGCAAUGUAUUCGUUCAUCCCGAGUCCAAUCGCCGUGCUCAUCAAUCCGCUCACACUCACCUAUGCCGCCAUCCACUCCCAGCCACUGAGUGUCAGUGGUAGAGGGAUCUCUCAGAUGCACUUCCUUACGCCAGGCGAGGCCACCACAGCCCUACAUCCCCAUACCUUUUCUCAACGCUCAAGGAGUGACGGGUGGACAAGUGAUUCCACGCCUCUGCUGCCGUAUCGACUUGCUAAACUUAUCCUCCAUGCGACCCGAUUCAUGAUGUCACUUGCUUUGGGGUUUGGUGGAUGGGUCACCACGGCCAGAUCUUUGAGAGUCGAAGGCGGUGGCAUGCGAGGCAGCUUGUAUGCUUACAUUGUUGGCUUGAUUGCCGGCGCCAUUGGAUGGGGCAUCCUAGGAGCGAUGGAAGGCAUCCUCGCAUGCAUUGUUGAUGCGGUGGUUGUAUGCUGGGGCACCGAAGUCGGCAGCACUGGCACUGGAGAGGUCAGAUAUUGUAGAGAAGCUGGGAAUCUCUUUGGCGAGCACGAAGACAGGUUCGGAGGACGCGUCAGUUUGGCUUGA